AUGUUUAUAUCUAAUAAACCCAUAGCGUUUGGUCUCUUCUUUGUCGUAACACUACUCGUGUCUUGCAAUGCGGCUGCAAACGCCACAACACAGCCGCUUUUCUCGGCGAUUCUAAUAUUCGGCGACUCUACUGCAGAUACAGGCAACAACAACUACAACCCACAAGCCAUUUUCAAAGCUAAACAUCUUCCUUACGGCGUUGAUCUUCCCGGCCACGAAGCUAAUGGAAGAUUCUCAAACGGAAAGCUAAUCUCUGACGUACUCUCCACCAAACUCAACAUCAAAGAGUUCGUUCCUCCGUUUCUACAACCAAACAUCUCCGACCAAGACAUUGUCACUGGAGUCUGUUUCGCAUCCGCCGGCGCUGGCUAUGAUGACGGAACCUCGCUCUCCAGUCAUGCGAUCCCGGUCUCACAACAACCAAGCAUGUUCAAGAAUUACAUUUCUCGUCUCAAAGGUAUCGUAGGAGACAAGAAAGCUAUGGAAAUUGUUAACAACGCUUUAGUGGUCAUUAGCGCAGGACCUAAUGAUUUCAUCUUGAACUUUUACGAUAUCCCCACAAGGCGUCUCCAGUAUCCUACUAUCUAUAGUUACCAAGAGUUUGUCCUCAAGAGGCUUGACGGUUUUGUCCGGGAGCUUUAUAGUUUAGGUUGCCGUAAUUUUCUGGUCGGUGGGCUGCCCCCGAUGGGAUGUUUACCCAUCCAAAUGACCAUGAAAAUGAGAAACAUCAUGAGAUGUUGUAUGGAACAAGAGAACAAAGACUCGGUUUUGUACAAUCAGAAACUAGCAAAGAAACUGCCUGAGAUCAAAGCGUCUCUACCAGGAAGCAAGUUCCUUUACGCCAACGUCUACGACCCUGUGAUGGACAUGAUCCAAAACCCUAGCAAAUACGGGUUCAAGGAGACGAAGAAAGGAUGUUGUGGAACAGGAUACAUGGAAUUGAGCUUCUUGUGCAAUUCCUUUUCACGUACUUGUCCCAAUCAUUCGGAUCAUUUGUUUUGGGACUCCAUCCAUCCCUCCGAGGCGGCUUACACAUACCUAGGGAACUUAAUAAAUGCUCAGAUUCAAGAGUGGCUUUGGGCUUAAAUCACUAUGAUUUACGAAAUUAAUCAACUAAACAAUGUAUUUUAGGUAAUGAGCCACCAUACAAGUUUAUGGCCCUACCCCUAUGGAUCUAAUGGGUGAUUUAUAAUGGACUAUUCUUAUAGUUUUUCUAUGUUACCCAAAUAAAUGUAUGAGUUAAUUAGCCAUUAAAAAAAACAAAAGUUGAU